AUGCCUACCAAAGAAUAUGAGAGGAAACGUAACAGUGCAUAUAGACAGAGGAAAAAGAAGUUAGUUCAGAACAAAGAAAAUGAUAAUGCAAAAGCAUAUAGUGUCGCAGAUAUGCAAACCAAAGAAUAUGAGAGGAAACGUCAAGCUGCAUAUAGACAAAAGAAAAAGCAGUUAGUUCAGAUCAAAGAAAAUGAUAAUGCAAAAGCAUAUAGUGUCAAAGAUAUGCGUGUCGAAGAUAUGAAGAGCAAAGACUGUGAGAGGAAACGUAUAAGUGCAUAUAGACAGAAGAAAAAGCAGUUAGCUCAGAACAAAGAAAAUAAUAAUGCAAAAGCAUAUAGUGUCAAAGAUAUGCGUGUUGAAGAUAUACAAACCAAAGAAUAUGUGAGGAAACGUAAAAGUGCAUAUAGACAGAAGAAAAGGCAGUUAGUUCAGAACAAAGAAAAUGAUAAUGCGAAAGCAUAUAGUGUCGAAGAUAUGCAAACCAAAGAAUAUGAGAGGAAACGUCAAGCUGCAUAUAGACAGAAAACAAAGCAGUUAGUUCAGAACAAAGAAAAUGAUAAUGCAAAAGCAUAUAGUGUCGAAGAUAUGCAAACCAAAGAAUAUGAGAGGAAACGUCAAGCUGCAUAUAGACAAAAGAAAAAGCAGUUAGUUCAGAACAAAGAAAAUGAUAAUGCAAAAGCAUAUAGUGUCGAAGAUAUGCAAGCCGAAGAAUGUGAGAGGAAACGUCACGCCGCAUAUAGACAGAAGAAAAAGCAGUUAGUUCAGAACAAAGAAAACGAUAAAGCAAAAGCAUGCAGUGCCGCAGAUAUGCAAACCAAAGAAUAUGAGAGGAAACGUAAAAGUGGAUAUAGACAGAAGAAAAAGCAGUCAGUUCAGAUCAAAGAAAAUGAUGAUGCAAAAGUAUAG